UGCAUCUUAUCAGUUUCGAGAAAGGCGUAGCAUCGUGACAACGUCUCAAUACGAAUAAUUAGUAAUGAAGAAGAUUUUUUAUUUCACAGUGCCAAUUGCAUUGUUAGGUACAAUAUUAUGUCGGGAAAUAAACUUGUUUCCCCGGAAGCAAAGCAAGCAGUUGUUCCUGAGCCGGCGAGUGGUGACGGAGGCGGCAGAGUUCGAUGGCGGAGUGCUGGUCAAUGAGGCGGGAAUCAUAGAGGGCGUACUCACGAGGGCAUCCGUAAAUUCGCUCCUUUCCGAAUUUGGUACCAGUUAUGAGGUAAUAGACGGAGGAGAUCUAGCGCUGAUGGCAGGAGUGGUAGACUCGCAUGUCCACGUGAACGAGCCAGGCCGGACCUCGUGGGAGGGCUACGUGACCGCCACGCAGGCCGCCGCGGCCGGCGGGGUCACCACCAUCGUCGACAUGCCAUUAAACUCAAUACCACCCACCACUACACUGGAUAACCUGAAAACUAAAACAAAUAUGGCAAAGGAAGAGGUUUAUGUGGAUGUUGGAUUUUGGGGUGGAGUAAUUCCUGGGAAUGAAAUGGAGUUGCUUAACUUGAUAAAGGCUGGCGUGGUGGGAUUCAAGUGUUACUUGAUAGACAGUGGCGUCUCCGAGUUUCCGAAUAUCACUCCUGAUGAACUGGAUAGUGUGUUCAGUGUUCUUAAUGGCACCGGUACUGUGUUAGCGUUCCAUGCUGAAGUACAGCUGAAUGGAACAACAGAUUGCAGUGAAUGCGAUCCUGACUUGUACAGCACGUACCUCGCGUCUCGUCCCGCUGAAAUGGAAAUAGAUGCCGUUAAGCUGAUCGCCAGUUUCAUACCUAAGACCGAUGUCCACGUCCACGUGGUCCACGUGUCCGCGGAAGGCGUGGUCCCGGUCUUGGAAGAGGCGCGAGCGGCUCGCGAGGCGGCCGGCCACCGCGGCUGGCGCGCCGGCGUCACCGCCGAGACCUGCAACCACUACCUCACGCUCAACGCGGAGGACGUGCCUCCGGGACGGACCGAGUUCAAGUGCGCGCCGCCCAUUAGGAAUAAUACUAACAAGGAAAAACUCUGGGAGUAUAUUAAAGACAAAAGACUGGACCUAAUUGCUUCCGACCAUUCUCCGAGUGUUGCUGAAUUAAAAGGAACAAAUUUUAUGACAGCCUGGGGCGGAGUAGCUUCCUUGCAGUUUGAUCUGCCAUUAUUCUGGACGGAGGCAUCUGCGCGGGGUUUUGGUCUAUCAACGGCAUCCCACUACCUGUCGGCGGGUCCCGCGCGCCUCGCCGGCCUCGACAACCGCAAGGGGGCGCUCAAGCCUGGUCUCGACGCUGACCUCAUCUUCUUCGAUCCGAACGCCACAUUCAUCGUCAUGCCUGAAAUCAUCCUUUACAAGAAUAAAAUUAGCCCGUACAUGAACAGGGUUCUACGAGGAGUAGUGAGACAAACUUAUGUAAGGGGUCAGCUUGUGUACGCCAACGGUCAACUCGUAGGGGAACCGAAAGGAAACCUGCUGCUUAAUGAUUUGUAAAACCGUAAUAAAUAAAUUUGACGAAACCUGCUUUGCUUAUUAACCAUUGUUAAAUAUUCAACAAAGUAAUUAUAAACCUUUUUUGUCCUACCACAAAAAUGAAAAAUAAAUAAAUGUACCUAUAUUAGCAAA